AUGUUAACUCACACUGGAGAGAAACCUCACAAGUGUGAUAUUUGUUACUACUCUGCUGCAACUAAAAGUAAUCUGAUGAGUCACAAACGCACACACAAUGUAGAGAAGCUUUAUAAAUGCAAUAUUUGUGACUAUAGAGCUAAAAGAUCAAACGAUUUGAAGACACAUAUGUUGACGCACACUCGAGAGAAACCUCACAAGUGUGAUAUUUGUAACUACUCUGCUGCAAAUAAAAGUUAUCUGGUGAUUCACAAACGAACUCACACUGGAGAGAAACCUUACCCCUGUAGUUUGUGUGACUAUAGAGCUAUACAGUCGAACCAUUUGAAGAAACAUAUGUUAACUCACACUGGAGAGAAACCUCACAAGUGUGAUAUUUGUUACUACUCUGCUGCAACUAAAAGUAAUCUGAUGAGUCACAAACGAACACACAUUGGAGAGAAGCCAUAUAAAUGCAAUAUUUGUGACUAUAGAGCUAAAAGAUCAAGCGAUUUGAAGGUACAUAUGUUUGCUCAUACUGGAGAAAAUCCUCACAAGUGUGAUAUCUGUAGCUAUUCUGCUGAAAGUAAAAGUAAACUGGUGAUUCACAAACGAACACACACUGGAGAAAAACCUUACCCCUGUAGUUUGUGUGACUAUAGGGCUACUCAAUCAAGCUUAUUGAAGAGACAUAUGUUGACUCACAUUGGAGCGAAACCUUAUCCAUGUAGUUUGUGUGACUAUAUGGCUAAUCAAUCAAGUAUAUUGAAGGUACAUAUGUUGACUCACACUGGAGAAAAACCUCAAGCUCACAAGUGUGAUAUCUGUAGCUACCCAGCUGCAACUAAAAGUAUCCUGGUGACUCACAAACGAAAACACGAUGGAGAGAAUCUUUACCAAUGCAGUAAAUCCACCAGUUUAAAGACAAAUAUGUCGACUCAUAGUCAAACUGAAAUACAUUUCAAAUGUGAAUUAUGCGAAUUUACAGCGGAAACGGAAAGUCUUCUUGUUGCUCACAAAAAGAAUCACCCAGAUUUGCGACCGUUUGGCUGUGAAAUUUACUGUGGCUAUAGAGGCAAAACAAAAAGUGAUUUAAUUGACCAUAUUUGGGAGGUGCAUGGUCGACUAGACCUCAAAUGAAUUGUUAUCUAAAAUAUUAUAUUUUACGUACAACUUUAUGACUUUACAUAAUUUAAAUUAUUGAAAGUGCUGCUCGAUCA